AUGAUGCCCGAAGCACAUAUGGAGUUCCAGCUGGAAGCAUCUCAACAACCUAAUCUAGUUUAUGAUGCCACUGGAUUUUGUGCAAUGCUGGCAAUUGUCAUGGUUCCCAAAGGUCUCAUCGAAUACAAAAGUCGUCAGGCUUCGGAAGACGCUGAGGCUGGAGCAUUACUUCUUGAAGAAAACGACGAAGAUGACAAUUAG